AUGGCUACGGUAGAAACUAUUACUGCAUCGAAUCAAGCAAUUUUAUCUUCCUUACAACGGCCUCUGCACGUGGUCGUUGUUGGUGGAACAGCUGGUAUUGGUCGUGGAAUCGCUCUUGCAUAUGGUCGACAUUGUCCAACCGCGCAUGUGACCAUUGUUGGACGUAAUGAAACGGCUGCCAAUGAAGUAUUGGCUCAAUUGGGUCCACGUGGAAAGUUCAUCCGUGGUGAUUGUACGUUGAUGUCUGAAAUUCGAAAAAUCACACCGAAAAUCGAUGCCGUUGACGUCCUCGUUCUAUCUCAAGGUAUAUUAAGAAUGGGUCCUCGUUCACCAACCAAAGAAAAUAUUGAUGACAGAGCGGCUCUAAGCUACUACGGUCGAGUUUUAUUUGUCCAAGAACUUCUUCCACUUCUCCGUGCAUCUCCAAUCGGUGGCAAAGUUUUAUUUAUUUUGAACAGUAAAUUUGGUAAUCCAUCGAAGAUCGACUGGAACGAUUUGGGACUUGAAAGAAAUACUUCGUUCCUAACAGGCGUCAAACAAAUCAUGGCAUUUAGCGAUUUAACCGUUCAGUAUCUUGGCUCACAACCAGAAAAUGCCAACGUUGCUUUUAUACAUGCAUAUCCGGGUUACGUCAAAACUUCAAUAGGUGACAAUCUUCCCUUCUAUAUUCGAUUGCCUGCAAAGGUUUUCGAGCUCUUUGGCAUGUCUUGCACUCCGGAUGUUUGUGCGGAGUUCAUGAUACAUGGUAUAUUAGGAACGGAGAAGGGUUGGAGACUCAUUGAUGAAAAAGGUGAAACUGUUACAAAUAAGAAAGGAUCAGAUGAAGAAAUGUUAAAGAAAGUUUGGGAACAUACUUGUGAAAUGACAUCUCGCACUGUAGAAUCAUGA